AGGCUGUGGCGUGUCUGGCUCUGGUGUGUCUGGCUGUGGUGUGUCUGGCCUGGAGUCAGGCUGUGGUGUGUCAGGCUGUAGACCUGGCUGUGGACCUGGCUGUGGACCUGGCAUGGGCUGCUCUGUAGCAGCACUCCUGUGGCUUGGUGUGGGUGAAGGAAUAAUCCAUCUCUAUCUGCCUUAUCCUCUCCAUCAGCUCAGGAGAGGAAUACAGGAAACCAGUCGUCCUGAGGAUCUUUAUUUGGCGUGCAUAGAACCUCAAGCGCUGCUCCAGCUCAACAAGUGUUGCCUCAGAACACCGGGCUGGAGCGAGCGAAGACGGCAUGGGCGGAGGUGCAGCGAGCCUGGGAGACAUUGCUGUGGCAGGCAAAGAUGCGGGCUUACUUGAUGCAGCCCUCAUGUAGGCUGGCUGGGAAACUACCUCCUCGGCAGCCGAACCACAGGAAGGUGCUCCACGCCGGCGUUUCUUGCGGCGGGAGGAGGGCGAGAGCUUCACUACCGGACCAGAGUGCGCAGCCAGGGGAGCAGGCGGAGAACGGCGACGAAGGGGACCUGUCCCCGGACAUGGAAUCGCCAACCUGGAUCCAUCAUAAGCCGACUGCGGCACUGACAGCCCCGCAGAACGUCGUAGUGACUUCUCCGCCUCCCGGGACAGGAAAGUAAAGAGGUCCGUGGAGCUAGCCUGAUGCUCCUCCGCGAGGUCCGUUGUUGGCGGAAACAUUCUGUUAUGGUUUGCGAGAUAUUGGACCCCAGAAUGCAGACGAGCAGGCAGCGUGAUGAUAUAAAAGAUGUAGAGGAUCUUUCACAGACCUUCCCUGACCUUGAACAACGUUUACAGCCUGUGCCACCUUGCAUGUCCCUAAGAGAGAGUGUUCAGGUGUACAAGGAGCACUGCAGGAUGGCCAGAGAGUUCCAACAAGUAAAACAUGAGAUCUCUAUCCUCGAGGAACGCAAGCGUAAGCUGCUGGCGGAGCUGGUGGAGGAUGAGAAAGUUGCUGUAGAGAUUGUCCGACUCGAGGAGGAGUUUCAGCGUUUAACAGAAGAGAACCGCAGCUUGGUGACCCUCCACAGUGAGCGCAGGCAGCAGCUAGAGAGGCUUUGCCUCGCCAAUCGAACAAGGCAAGACUCCUCGUGACCUCUGACUUCCCCGAAACCUGAGUCCACCAGACUUUCAGCUGACACCAGACCAGCGAUUGGACUGUUUUCAUGUACAGUCUUUAAAUUGUCUAAUUACAGACAGGACCUGUUUGUGGAUGAUCUGUCAUUUGUGUGAACCGCAGAUGUACGCUUAUCAUCACUGAGAAGUUGUUAGAGUGAUUGUAGUCAGCAAUGACAGGUUUUUGGCGUGCUGUUUGGUUUUUAAUGUGAGUUUACCGAAUCAUUCUGGUCGGUAUUGCAACAUGUAACAGUGAACAGUGCAUUGGAGUUUUGAAAACCUUUUCACAUUUUGUCACAUUACAGCCACAAAGUUCAAUGUAUUUUAUUUAUACUCUAUGUGAUAGAACAACCCAAAGUACUGCAUGAUUACAUAAUUAAAGGAAAUAUAUAUAUAUAUAAAUAUA